AUGCCAUCCUAUCUGACCGACUUCAAGGCCCUAUCUUUCGACUGCUAUGGAACAUUGAUCGACUGGGAGACUGGCAUAUGGACGCAACUUCAGCUUCUUGUCAGCCGUCUUCCCGAGAAUCAUCCUUUCCGGGAUAGAGAUACUCUCAUUAGACGCUACAAUGUGUUCCAGCGGGAGUUCCAGCGAGAGGACCCUAAAACGCUAUAUAACGACGGCGUGGCCGGAUGCUUCGUGAAACUUGCAGAGGAGGCCAACAUUCCUUUCACACAAGCAGAAGCAGAAGCUUUUGGCAGAUCCGCGGGAUCAUGGCCGGCGUUCCCGGACACCGUCGAGGCUUUGAAGGUCUUGAAGCGGUACUACAAACUCGUUAUUAUCUCCAACGUCGAUAAUGACAAUGUCCAGCGAACCUUGGAAGGCCCCUUUGCUGGCGUGGACAUUGAUGUCGUUCUAACAGCCGAGGACAUGGGCGCUUACAAGCCUGACCAUAACAACUUCCGGAUUCUCUUCGACACUGUCAAGCAGAAGUUUGGGGUAGAGAAGAAGCAGCUUCUGCAUGUCGCCAAGAGCUUACCAAUAGAUCAUGUUCCGGCAAAGGAGUUGGGGCUGACCAGCGUUUGGAUUGCAAGGGGUCCUGGAGGGAGUACGGCGAUGGGAGGGAAUGUGAAGGAAUAUGAUGGCAAGGUGGCCUUCUCGUGGAGGUUUCCGACUUUGGGUGAUAUGGCUGCUGAAGUUGAGAAAGCUUUCGCGGAAAAGUGA